GAAGAUACAUUUAUUUUUAAAUUUUGAUUUUUUGAGAAUGGCUGACAAUGGCAUAACUGGUGCUGGGUGAGUGAGGAGUGUCGUUGGGGCGAUGAGCGCCCCGGAGCCGGCGGUGCUGCGGGCGCUGCAGGGAUACACUGACCAUAGCGACAAGUGGCCAGGACCCCGCCUUGUAAAGAUAUACCUCGCAUCCAUUUAUAAUGAAUUUCGCGAAGAGCGACGUCAUCUGCUUGAGAUGGUGGGCCCGGAGCUGCAGGCCACGUACGACGACCGGCAUAUUGAGAUAGAGUUUGUUGAUAUGCACUACGGCACCGACGGCAAAGACGAAACUAAUCCCGCGCUAUUACGAUAUCAUCUCGACGAGAUCCGAUGUUGUAAUCAUACCUCCAAGGCUGGAUAUUUUCUUUGUUUCAUUGGUGGAGACGCAUCACAAUACCAACCUGUUCUACCAUUCAAGAUUCCAGUGAAUACAUUUGAAAAAUUAGUUAAAUCGGAUUCCGCUCAAGCGGCUCUGGUCCGUGCCUGUUACAGACUAAAUGGUAACAAUGCUUACCAGUUAGAAGGCGAUGAUAAAUGGUUUAGCGAUUUACUAGAACGUGAAGACCAACGGUCACGUCUCUCCGCAAUUGAGAAGGCUUUUAAGGCAUUAGCUUUAGAAGCCUUAGGAGAAAAAGAUGGUAUCGCUGAUUUAUUACGAAGUUCUACUGAAAUACAAUGUGAACUGGCUUUAGAAUUAUUAAAAAAUGGUAAACAUCCAAAAGGUGUGAUAGCUGUUUUAAAAGACAUUCCUGAUCUUGAACACGAUGAUUCCAAAAUAACUGUUUUAGCACAUAGUAGAUUAAAAAAAUUACAAAGGAAACUUGAAGAAACUUUACCAGAAGGUCAUGUUAUAAGAUUAGAAGUACCAUCAGCCGACUCAUCAAGAACGGAUGGAGCUUCAGAUAAUGAUGAAAAGCUGUCACCAUUUAGAGAUCAAAUACAAACUGUUGUAAGUUCAUUAAUCGAUGAUAGUUUAAGCACCGAACCAGACCAGGGAAGAGGCAGAAAAAAGACUGUACAGGAAGUUUUUCUAGAACAUAUAACUCAUCUUAGAAUAUGUAUAGAGCAUAAUUCUCUUUACAAAGUAACUGUUAAACAAAUCGCAGACGUUGCUAAAACCAUAUUAAAUACCGUAAAAGAGAAUUACGAGAAUCGAUGUCGACAUCCACCAGUACUGAUCUACGGCCCAGAUGCUUCAGGAAAGAGUACAUUAUUGACACAUUUAUAUUUUCAAUGUGAGAAACUUUUUUCGAGACCUGUGUUGAGAAUUAUCAGAUUUUCCGCAGCAACUCCAAGAUCGGCCUAUAAUUUAGAAUUGUUGAGAGUGAUGUGCCAACAGAUAUCGAUAAUUUUAAAUAUACCAGAAGGAUAUUUGCCGAAAGACGCGAGCUUUGAUCCUCUGUACAUUAAUAAUUGGUUUCAAAGUUUACUUAGAAGAUGUGAAGAUAUGGAAAAUGAAAUAUUGCUCAUUUUCAUUGAUAACGUACACAGAGUCAAUCCUUUGGAAUGUGAUAUUGUGACAGGUCUGUCAUGGUUGCCGAUGUCUUUGCCGAGAAAUGUUUUUCUAAUUUGCACAAGUGCUGUAUCUUUACAACAAUUGCAACUGACACCGGCUCAGAAAGAAAAGUUUAAAAUUCAAAAUUGUUACUAUUUGUUGGAUGCUAUUGAAGAAACUUCUGAUAAUCAUAGCUACGGAGAUUAUAUUGAUGGUGCCUUUGAUAAUUUAGAAACGGUGUUCGGAGCUAAGGCUUUUAGUAAACUAGCAGGUUAUGUGACCUGUUCUGAAUUUGGCCUUACGGAACUUGAACUUUUGGAGCUUUUAAUGCCUACUAGUAAUAGUGAAGCAAUAAUAACAUUACAAGAUGCUAACUUUAACUUUUCUACAUUAUGUGUCACAAAGUAUAUGAUGAAAUCUCUGAUUGUUGAGAACGUGGUAUCCGGUCGCUGCACGUGGCGGUGGCGCGCAGCAGCGGCAGGCGCUCGCGCUCGCCGGCGUUACGUGCGCGUGCAGAGUGCUUUACGUGAUACGCAUUCAGAUCUCGCUGCGUUACACUUUGCUAAUUUCUUGCACGAAUCCGAUGAUACAGAUACAUCGGAAGCUCAAGAACUAGGUUGUGUUGAUGACGACGACGCCCUCUUGGACUCCACUCCAUUCCACUCAGCCAGUAGGACUGCCGCGGCGUUCACACAGCGGCAUGUCGAAGAGUCCUGGCUGCAUUUAUUACUCGCUGGAGAUUUCUCCAAGCUGAAGGAUCUCACAGUUUGCAAUUUCGACUUUUUACUAGCUGCUGUGCAAACGGUGACAAUAUCGUAUCUCCGGUGCAUCCUGGAGCACGUGCGCUGCUACAUCCUGGAUCGGGAUGUCGAACUGGUGUACGGCGCGGUGCGGAAAUCGAGCGACAUCCUAACACGAGAUCCCAUGCAGCUUGGAGCUCAAAUAAUAGCGUGGCUACGGCCUGCUAUAGCGAGACGCGGCGUGCUCGCCACAUUGGUGACAGCAGCCAUGGCGUGGUGCGACGGUUACGAUAAACCUCUACUAGUGCCGCUUAAUGGAUGGUUACAACCACCAAUAGCUUCAACAGUACGCGUGAUGUCGGUGGGUGGGACAGCGGUGGGUACAGCAGGGGGUGCGGGGGCGCGUCUGCUGCAGCUGGCGCCCUCUGGCCAGCAUUUGGUGCUCGCGCCCGCCGCCGGAGACCCGCAGCUCUGGCAUGUCAUGUCCAACUCCAGAGUACAUACGUUUAAAGGUCAUUCUGGACGCAUAUUGUGCAUGUGCGUGACUCGGGAAUCUCAGUACCUUCUCACUGGAUCAGAAGAUACUACAGUCGUGGUUUGGGAUCUUCAUACAUUGGCAGUUAAAACAAAGAUCUUGGAACAUAUAGCACCCGUGCUGUGUGUGGCAGCUAUAGUGAACAGGUCUCUGGUGAUCAGUGGUGGAGAGGAUUCAGCCGUUAUCGUCACAUCUUUAGUCGACGGUGCUUUGGUGACAAAACUAGAUCAUCACAGAGGGCCAGUUACUUCAGUGAAAGUGAUAUUGGAUGGAGAAAUACUCGUCACUGGUUCCCACGAUGGUACAGUCUGUACAUGGAAUGUAGAUAACUUUACUAUUCUGAGCACAAUAACCGUCGGAACGCCAAUACAUAUAAUGGAUGUGACAGACGACAACGUCUUCCUAAUAACAUUACAAGGGGAUCACGAGCUACAUCUGCGAACGUUUAUUACGGGCACCUAUUUGCACGCACUAAAGAGACAUAAAGCUAAGGUGAAAUGUUUCUGCGUGGCACACGACUCAUCUCGCGCGGCAGUAGGCUGCGCGGACCAGCGUAUCUACAUUUACAGCUUGCAUAGCGGACAGCUGCUGAGGACGCUAGCUGCUGCCCACGAUCUCGCAGCGUUAGCUGUUGCAGACAAAGAUCAUUUCUUAUUCGCUGCAGGAGGUCACCGAGUAACAAUUUAUUCAUUCCACACGGAGGACAAUUUAACGAACUUCCGACCUACAAAACAAAUGAAAAGACGUCAAACAAAGUCGACUACAAACAUUACUUUAUUACAGGCUGAACAAAGUGAAUUAAUACCUAUAAGUUGUCUGGAAGUAUCCCGUGAUGGCCAGCUAGCGGCAUCUGGCUGUGCUCGAGGGUUGGUCCGAGUCUGGCAUUUGUCAACGCAUAGGCUACAAACAACUUUAAAUGGGCAUAUUGGACAUAUCACGUGUGUGACAUUCUCGCCUAAUAACUUAUUAGUGUUGAGCGGUUCUGAAGAUAGAACAGUAGUCGUUUGGCAACUAGCUGAUAAUUCACCUUCUUUAACAUACAAGGGCCACUCAGCCGCGUUACAGACAUUAUUAAUGAUGUCGGACGGCCGACGUGCCAUGUCCGGGGACAGGGCUCGUAACAUUCACGUUUGGCUCGUCGACUCGGGAAUUAUAUUACAUUCCGCCAACGGACCAUCUGCCACCAUUGAUGUUACGUUGAAUAUGAAGUUUGCGGUUCUAUCUGAUGGUGACAACUCAAUUCGGAUCUGGGCUCUUACUGGAGGUGAAGAAGAAAGACGUUCAGUGUCGCACGCUGAGCGCAUUACAUGUUUUGCACUGACAGCGGAUUCGCAACACGUCGUCACUGGCUCAAUGGACAUGUCGCUCAAAGUGUGGCAGUUGGAUGGAGGCAAAUUAUCUCAGGUCCUGGUCGGUCAUACAGAUAUAGUAACAUGUGUAGCGGUGUCUAUCACAAACAAAACUCAAGUAGUAUCAGGAUCUUGGGACUUCAACCUUAUUGUUUGGGACAUCAACACCGGGUCCGAUGUACAUUUGUUAUCGGGACAUUUGGGCAAAGUUACCUGUGUCAAAGUUACUGGAGAUGGAACAAUCGCUGUUUCAGGCGCUGAAGACAAAACGUUAAUAAUUUGGGAGACAAAGCGAGGCUUGGCCCUCACCUCGCUAGCACUGCACGUACCGUUGCUCGGCUUCCAGAUCACGAGCGACUGUGCUCGAAUUGUCGUACAUCUCCUGGAUAGAGGUUGUUUGCCAAUAAUAUGCUUGCACAAUACACCAGCUACGUACGUAAAGAUUCCAACAUAUGCAGCACCGACCAAGGAUAUUGAUGAGCUUAGGCCGUUGGCACCUAAGCGGCCGAUGAGAAGAUUACUUAAGAAGGAAGUAUCUUUAGAUACAUAUACAUGGCAGAAGAAAUACGGUCAUCUUACUUCAGCGGCUAUGAUGGCACAAGUUGACGAGCGAUUAAAACGAAGAUUUUCCGUAUCAGCUUCAAUGGAGGAAAUAUCAAAAAUACAAGAAGCUAAGAAUAAAGAUCUGGGUUCGCAGGUAAGCUUGGGACCUGAAGAAGCGGCCAUAGCGCAGUCACAACAUUUCGACCAACUUGAAGCGCUGUGGAAUAAAAUUUCACCUCCUCGACGUCGUUCUAAUAAGUCUUUAUCAAAGCAAAGUUCACUCAUUGAAAGUCGAUUCGAUUCUUCCGAUGAAGAGCAUACGCCGGUGGAGGAACAAGAACACAUUGUCGAGUAAAGAUUGGAAAUGAGGAAAUGUUCUACAAU